UCAAAUCUAUAUAUGGCCUUUUGUUUUUUUGUUCAACUACAAAUUUUAUUCUUCAAUAUUUCAUGAUAGUGAAAUAAAUCUAUUUGUUAUAAGUAACGAAUUUUUAUGAUGAAGGUGAUCGUCCUCCUCCUCCUCUAAAUUCGCCUACUGAGUAAUCGAUAAGAGAAAAUAACAAUAUGAAAGAAUACAGCAUAGAUAUUUCAUGAGAAUUUUACAUUCGAGUGGAUAUAAACAAGAUGUUGUUUCGGGUCUAUCGAGAUUUAAAACAGCUGAUCCCUUUCCUUAUGUCUACAUCAGAGAUUGCAUUGACAAAUUUUGUUUUUUAUAGAAUUUUUGUUAAAUUUCUAUGAAGAAAAAGAUCUAGAUUUUUGUAUUCUAUUUUUAGAAUCAUCAGAUAUUUCUAUUGUCAUAACCUACAAGUCAAUCAUUCUAUUCUUUUCAUAGUUAUUGUGUGACUGAUUAUUGUCACAACAUUUUCCCUUUUUCGAAUAAAAAUGAUUCUAACAUGUUAUUCUAUUGGGAUUUGACUAAUAACUUCUUUUUGUUUUCUUUUUUCCUUUCUAAUUCAGCUGAUGUACGUAUAUUUGAUGAUUAUUAUUGUCGUCGUGCUUAUGGAAGUGUCUUUGAUUCAGAUACAGAAAUCUGUGCCGGUGAUUAUGAUCAACGAACAGAUACAAUGAGUGGUGAUUCCGGUGGUCCUUUACUUAUUCAACAAACAGAUGGUCGUUGGAUUGUUCUUGGUAUAACAUCAUAUGGUGCAGCAACAACACCAACUAUGGCACCGGGUGUUUAUGUUAAACUUUCAGCUCAUACAAAAUGGCUUGAACCAUAUUUAAAAACGAAUUAA